CCCUCUGCUCCGGACUCGGCCUGGGCGCCCGAGGCUCAACAGCCGGCGCUUGCCGGCUCCCGGGUCCCCGGUGGCUCGGGACCCAGGCCCGGGCGCACGGGGCAGCGGGAGUUGGAUGCUAGGGUCCUCAGCCAGAGCCGCGGGCCUGCCUCCCGUGAAGCGCUCCCUGGGGCGCGGCGCCCGCGCUUGGAGGCGACUCCGAGUGCAGUUACAUUCUCAUUCGUCCCCCGAGGGAGGCGUCCCCUGGCUGGCACAUGGCAGCCCCAGUAGGCGACAAGGCCGCUGUGCCCUUCACGAGAAAGGCAGCAGCAGACCAUAGAGACGCAGAGACCCGCAGGGUGCGUGCCAGCUAGGGGGAAGCUCGCCUUCUCCCCCGUCGCCGUUGGGAGCGCGGCCCUGUGCCUUUAAGAAGCAGCGCGCCGGGAAGCCCCGCCCCGAGGAGCGCGCGGUCGCCAUUGGCUGAGCGCGCCUCAGGGCGGCACGUGGGCGCAGGCUUCGAGCGCUCCGAUUGGAGCCAGAGCCUGCCGGUCUGCUCGCCGGACACGCGCCCGCCCCCCGGGCCUCGGCGUUCGGUUCCCGGGUCUUUCACGUUCCACUCCCGGACGGCCCCGGGGUGCGCGGCCCGAGCAGGCCCCCUGUGUCCGCCGGCAGGUGUGCCGAAGCCGCGACGCAGGUGGACCCACCAUGGCAGAGUUCUCCCAGAAUCGGGGCAAGCGGCGUGACGGCGAGGCGCUGGGCAGCGCUGUGGACUUUCUCCUGGCCAAUGCCCGCCUGGUGCUGGGUGUGGGCGGGGCUGCCGUGCUGGGCAUUGCCACGCUGGCUGUGAAGCGGCUCAUCGACAGGGCCACCAGCCCUCAGGAUGAGGAUGCUGCCAAGGGGGACACCACGUGCCUGGAGGAGAGCUGGAAGGAGCUGAGCCUGCUCAAGGCCACGCCAUGCCUCCAGCGUCGGCCCCCACCCGCCGCCCUCAGCCAGUCGGUGCCACUCCGGGCCCCCUCACCCUCUGCCCCAGAGGUGCCCGCAGGCGCAGAUCCCCAGAAGGCGCCUCAGCUCAGCUCCCCAGCGCCAUCCUUGUGCCUGACGUUCCAGGAGAAGCUGCUGGCAUUCGAGCGGGACUACGUGACCGUCCCGGUGGCUCACGUGGCUCUGGCCAAGCAGCUGGCCGGUGAUAUUGCCCUGGAGCUGCAGGCCUACUUGCGGAACAAGUUCCCAGAGCUGCCCUUUGGGGCACUGGUGCCUGGCGGGCCGCUCUACGAUGGGCUGCAGGCAGGAGCCACCGACCCCGUGCGUCUCCUGGUGCCCUUGGCACUGGAGCCGGGCCUGUGGAGCCUGGUGCCCGGUGAGGACACCGUGGCUCAGGACCCUCGCUGCUGGGCCGUGCGCAGAACUCAGCUUGAGUUCCGCCCUCGCGGGAGUAGCCCAUGGGACCGCUUCCUGGUGGGCGGCUACCUCUCCUCCCGCGUCCUGCUGGAGCUGCUCCGCAAGGCCCUGACCGCCUCCGUCAACUGGCCGGCCAUCGGCAGCCUCCUCGGGUGUCUGAUCCGGCCACGCGUGGCCUCGGAGGAGCUGCUGCUCGAGGUCCAGCACGAGCGUCUGGAGCUCACCGUGGCUGUGCUCCUGGCUGUCGCCGGCGCCCCGGCUGGAGAUCGCCUCCUGCUGGCCUGGCCCUUGGAGGGGCUGGCAGGGAACCUCUGGCUGCAGGACUUGUAUUCUGCAGAGGCCGCCAGGCUGCGGGCCCUGGAUGAGGGCGAUGCUGGGACCCGCCGGAGGCUGCUGCUGCUGCUCUGCGGUGUCUGCCACCGCCACCCGGUGCUGGGGCGGCUGGGCCGCAGCCACCUGACCCAGGUGGUCCUGCGCCUUGGGGAGGAGGCGGCCGACUGGGCCGAGGCGGCCCUGGGGGAGCGCUUCCUGCAGGCCCUGGAGUCUCUCAUCGGCAGCCUGGAGCGGGCCAGUCUGCCCUGCCAUUUCAACCACCGCGUGGACCUCCUGGGUGGCCUGCGGGACGAGGACAUUGAUGACCUGGGCUGCGCGCUCUUCCGUGGGCUGCAGGCCCCUGAACAGCUGCUCUAGGCGGGCGGCAGCGGCGGCCCCUCACGCGGGUGAGCCUCGCACGCUGCCCCUGGUGCUUGGAGAGCCCCUUUCUCUUGCUUGAGCCAGAACACGAGGGUGCGGGUUGGCACGGGCUGGGCGACAGCGCUGGAGCCCUGGGCCGCCUGCACUCGCACUUGGCUCUUCGGCCCGGGGCCGCCCCGACCCCCAGUCACAAGCAGCGAGUUACAGACAGAGCCGGGCUCUUGCUGUCCCUCUAGGGGCGAGGCUGCUCGGCUUUCCUGUCCCAAGAGUGAGUCGCAAUUUCUUUAGUGCCAGCUGUGGGCAUCGCAAAGCUGCUGGGCUGUGGCCACUGUGUCUGUUUCACUCCCGGUGGCUGGAGUCACCUGUGGCACACAGCUCUCCGCUGACUUAAAGGCCAGCGUUUUCAACGCCGUGCCCGCUCUGCUCGUCUGGCUCUAGCCUGGAGUGGGGCCCAGUUCACGCUUCAGGAGAGGCUGUUUCCUGUUCCCCGCCAGCCGGGUGAGUGGAGGCCCCAGGAGAACCCUGUCCUCACUGGGGGAGCCGAGGUCCUCUGUGGCGCCCGCCUGGCCCAGAGCCGAGGGUGUCCUCUGGCUGCCGCUGCACCCAGCUCCUGGGGUGCCUGCACCAGCUGUGCCCUCCUGAAACUGGCGGGGCUGGGGAGGGGGUCUCACCUGUCUCUGGUCUCCUUCCUGCUGAAGCAAAGCUCUCUGCCUCAAGGACUGAAGGAGAAUAAAGGAGAAGCCCAUGUCUGUGGGGCUCACGCUG